AUGCGCAACCCCCACGUGCGCCUGCCACCCGCAGCCAAGGUCGUUGUCGCUACCGACAACAAUGUGGCCCACCUCCUGGACCAGGUCCACAUCUUGCCGAUCUUCAACGACGGCCACGGCUGGCAGCUGACCGAGGACCUGGUCAGCGUCCUGCAGCCGGGCCAGCUGGACCCGACCCGUGUGAAGGAGGUCCUGAGCGCCAUCGCGCCGAGCCUGACCCCGGGUGCACGGGGCCCGGCCGGCGCGGCGGCCCGGGUGUCCCUGCCCGGGGCCGACACCGUGGCCCCGGCGGUCAAGCAGAUCCCGGCCACGGUGCAGAACAUCCUGAGCAUCGUGGUCAGCAGCGUGCAGAACGCCAGCUGGCCCGGUGCCUCCGGCGGCGGCAAGCCCGGCCCGGACCAGGCCCGGCUGGUCGGCGGCAGCAUGCCGGUGGCCAACAUCAGCGACCUGCUGAAGCUGGCCGAGCUCCUGCAGAGCCUGCCGGCCGAGGUGCAGCAGCUCCUGGCCAGCGAGCUGGCCAAGCUGCCGCUGAAGGCCGCCCACGCCGGGGCCUCGGCCGGCCCGGCCUCCGGCCGCGCCCGCAUCGCCAUCGCCGACUUGUCGGCCAACGAGGCGCUGCACGGCAUCUCCAACCUGCUGGAGGACCUGCCUACCCCGAUGUUGGAUGUGAUGCUGCCGUACCUGGAGGACGUCCGCCUGCCGGAGGCCGGCACCCACCUGCCGGAGCACCUGCUGCCGACCAUCAUCCAGUGCCUGGUGGGCACCGAGGUGGUGACCCCGGAGCUGAUGGAGUCCGGCACGGUCGAGGCGGCGGCGGCCGACCAGCACGCCACCGCCGGCCAGGCCCGCACCUCGGCCCAGAAUGUGGCCGAUGCCAUCCAGAUCUACGCCCUGCUGAACCGCCUGGUGGAGGAGAUCAAGGUCCCGGCCGGGCCGGAUGCCGUGUCGUCCAUCCUGCCGGAGCUGAUCAAGAUGGCCACCAUGCGCCAGGUGCCCCUUGGCCAGCUGCUGGACCUGAGCGCGCCCUUCCUGCCGCCCAUGCCAACCAUCCGGCCGACCAUCAUGCCGACCGUGCUGCCGACCGUCCGGCCGACCGUGCUGCCGACCGUGCUGCCGACCGUCCGGCCGACCAUCCGGCCGACCGUGCUGCCGACCAUCCGGCCGACCAUCCGGCCGACCAUCAUGCCGACCGUGCUGCCGCCCCUGCCGCCCCUGGUCAAGGACCCGGCGGAUAUCCUCCUCCCGCACCAGUAUGUGUCGGAGUGGGUGCGCGAUGCCGGCACCAAGGUCGGCCAGAUCCUGGAGCGCAUCCCCGGCAAGGAGGCCGUGCUGGAUGCCAUCAAGGACAUGCCGAUGGCCGAGGACGGAUCCCUGGACACGGUCCUGGGCGAUCCGCGCCCCUCGGCGGAGGCGGCCCAGCCGGCCCCCGGGCUGACCAUCGCCAUGACCUUCCCCAGCGGCCAGAUUGGCAUCCUGCCGAUCCAUGAGCUGAUCGGCGGCGCGGACCGGCUGUCGACCAUCAUGCCGGCCGUGGUGACCCACGACAGCCUGAAGGAGAUGGCCGAGGCUGUGGACCUGUCCGGCAUGCUGGCCAACAACCGCCAGGCUCGCGGUCUGCUCGGCGGCGGCGGCGGCGGCCUGCUGAACAACGUCGUCGGCGGCGUGGUCCAGCUGCUGGACGGCGUGGUCGACACCGUGGACACUGUCCUCACCGGCGGCGGCAACACCAAGGGCGGCAACACCGGCGGCAGCACCGGUGGCGGCAACACCGGUGGCGGCUGCCCCACCAACAACUGCCCGACCAUGGCCCCGCCGCCCACCUGCCAUGACCGCUGCUCGUGCGGCGCCUGCGGCACGCACACCUGCCCGACCCCCACCCCGAAGCCCACCCCGAUGCCGACCGAGCCGCCGAUGUACUGCAUCCCGGGCCACAACUGCCCCCCGGUGCCGACCCAGCAUCCCACCCUGCCCGGUGACCCGGACUUCCCGGAUCACUACUACCCGACGCCGCACCCGACGAUGGCGCCCACGCCCAAGCCCACGCCCAAGCCCACGCCCAAGCCCACCGACCCGCCCUGCCAGCACCAGUGCUCCGGCUGCGGCCACUGCGGCAGCACCCCGCACCAAUGCCCCACCCAGGCUCCGCCUCCCCCGCCCCCCAAGGGCGGCGGCGGUCUGCUGGACAAUGUCGUCGGCGGCGUGGUUGACCUGCUGGACGGUGUGAUCGACACCGUGGACGAUGUCCUCACCGGCGGCGGCAACACCGGCGGCGGCAACACCGGCGGCGGCAACACCGGCGGCUGCCACACCGGCGGCUGCCACACCGGCGGCGAUACCUGCCAGAACCGCUGCUCGUGCGGCGCCUGCGGCACCCACACCUGCCCGACCCCCGCGCCCACGCCCAAGCCCACGCCCAAGCCCACGCCCAAGCCCACGCCCAAGCCCACCCCCAAGCCGACCGUGGCCCCGUGCCAGGAUAAGUGCUCGUGCGGCGCGUGCGGCAGCCACAACUGCCCUACCCAGGCCCCGACCAUGCCUGCUUGCCAUGACAAGUGCGCCGGGUGCGGCCACUGCGGCACUCACAGCUGCCCGACCCCGGCCCCGACGGCUGCCAUGCCGGACCGCGAUCCCGGCCUGCUGAACGACGUUGUCGGCGGCGUGGUCGACCUGCUCGAUGGGGUGGUCGACACCGUGGACAAUGUGCUGACCGGUGGUGGCAACACCGCCGGUGGCAUUGUUGGCGGUGCCACUGGUGGUGGUACUGGCGCCGGCGCGCCCGGUCUGCUGAACGACACCGUCGGCGGUGUGGUCCAGCUGCUGGACGGUGUGGUCGACAACCUGGGCGGCGUCCUGACCGGCAACAAGCGCCGCGACGUGGCCCCGGGCGGCCUGCUGAACAAUGUCGUCGGCGGCGUGGUCGAGCUGCUGGACGGCGUGGUCGAGACCGUCGACGAUCCUGCACAUCUGCCGAUGUCUGCGCCGCACCACCGCCACGGCGGUAAGGCCGACACCGACCAUGGUGCGUCCCGUGGCCGGGCGCAGAAUUAUCGGCGCCCGAAGAUCACCCUGGCCUCCGAUCGCACUCCCAUCGCCACCCCUCCGCUGCUGGACGGCGUGGUCGAGACCGUCGACGAUGUCCUCACCGGCGGCGGCAACACCGGCGGCGGCGGCGGCGGCAACACCGGCGGCGGCAACAUGAACGGCGGCAACAUGAACGGCGGCUGCCACACCGGCAACUGCCACACCGGCGGCGACACCUGCCAGAACCGCUGCUCGUGCGGCGCCUGCGGCACCCACACCUGCCCGAUGCCCACCAUGAAGCCCACCCCCAAGCCGACCCCGAUGCCCACCAACCCCCCGAUGUACUGCAUCCCGGGCUACAACUGCCCGACAACUCCGACCUCCGAGCCGCCGAUGUACUGCAUCCCGGGACACGACUGCCCGCCUGGCACCCAGCCGCCCAUCUACUGCAUCCCUGGCUACAACUGCCCGCCGGUCGGCCACCCGCAGCCGACCCUGCCCGGGCACUACGAUCCGGACUUCCCGGACUACUACUACCCCAUCCCGCCGCAGGAUCAGCCUCACCAGCCCUGGCCCACGGUUCAGCCGACGCCCAAGCCCACGCCCAAGCCGACGCCCAAGCCCACCAUGCAGCCGCCCAAUCCCUGCCAUGUGGAGUGCGGCCACUGCGGCCACUGUGGCAACACCCCGCACCACUGCCCCACCCAGCCUCCCCCCCCGCCCCCCAAGGGCGGCCUGCUGAACAACACCGUCGGCGGUGUGGUCCAGCUGCUGGACGGCGUGGUCGACAACCUGGGCGGCGUCCUGACCGGCAACAAGCGCCGCGACGUGGCCCCGGGCGGCCUGCUGAACAAUGUCGUCGGCGGCGUGGUCCAGCUGCUGGACGGCGUGGUCGAUACCGCUGACACUGUCCUCACCGGCGGCGGCAACACCGGCGGAGGCGGCAAGACCGGCGGCGGCGGCGGCGGUGGCGGCGGCGGCGGCCUGCUGAACAAUGUCGUCGGCGGCGUGGUCGAGCUGCUGGACGGCGUGGUCGAGACCCUGCUGGACGGCGUGGUCGAGACCGUCGACGAUGUCCUCACCGGCGGCGGCAACACCGGCGGCGGCGGCGGCAACAUGAACGGCGGCAACAUGAAUGGUGGCAACAUGAACGGCGGCAACAUGAACGGCGGCAACAUGAACGGCGGCAACAUGAACGGCGGCUGCCACACCGGCAACUGCCACACCGGCGGCAAUACCUGCCAGAACCGCUGCUCGUGCGGCGCCUGCGGCACCCACAACUGCCCGAUGCCCACCAUGAAGCCGACUCCCAAGCCGACUCCCAAGCCGACGCCCCUGCCCUACUGCCCGCCGGGGUACAUCUGCCCGCCGGGCUACCAGUACCCGCCGGGGUACCAGCUCCCGCCGACCUACCAAAUCCCGCCGGGGUACCAGUACCCGCCUGGGUACCCGCUGCCCGGCGGCGACCACGGUGCCGUGCAUCCGACCAUGGUCGUGCCGCCUGGGCACCACCUGCCGCCCGGCUACGGCAUGAUCGGGCCCUGCUUCGUGUGCGGCCAGUACGGGCACAUGAUGUGUGGCGGGGCUCGUGCGCGGUCGGACAGCGCGGCCGCCACGGCCGAUGCCGCCGCCGCCCCGGCCAACGGGGUGACCGCGCCAUCGCCGGCCGCCGACACCCCGCCGGCCGCCGAGGCCGGCCCGCUCAUCCGCGUGGUCAACUCGAUCCUCCGCCGGCGGCCGGCUCGUAGCAAGGGUGCCCGCGCCGACCCGGAGGAAAUCCUCCGCGAGGCGGUGCACACCAUCAAGCAGAACCCGGAGUUCCUGGCCACCGUGAUCCCGACCAACCUCGGCCUCACCAAUGUCCAGGUGACCGCCGUGCUGGGCCAGCUCCUGCCCGGGCUGGACCUCAGCGACCUGACGGCCCUCAUCCAGGGUGCCGGCAAUGGCCCGGCCCUGGGGGUCCUGCGCGGUGGCCGCGACCGCGAAGGCGUCGCCGCCUCCGGCACCGCCGCCUCCCACGACCAAGGUACGAGGUCAUCCUCCCGGGCCCCGGGCCCCGUGUCGCCGGGGCCGACGCCGCCGCCGCCGCCGCCGCUGCCGAAGCAGCAGCAGCAGCAGCAGCAGCAGCAGCAGCAUGUGCCCCCGGCAUCCGCCUCUUCCUCCCCCCCUUCGCCGCGGCCCCCCGUGGGGCGGGUGUUGCAGACGAAGUCCAUUGUGUCGCCCUCGCGGCGGGUGCCCCCGCGGCGGGUGCCGGUAUCCAAUGUGCCCCGCACGCCGGAGGUCAUCCCGCCGUCGGUGCAGCUCCCGCCGCCCAAGGGGCCCGGGCCCAAGCUCCGCCCGAUGCCCGACGGCCGGGAGGAAAACCAGUGGACGCUGAAGCCCAACGCGCCGACCCUCACCUUGAACAUCGGUCCGGAUGGGGUUCCGCAGAUGCUGGUCAUUCGCCAAGUGUUGUCCGAGCUGCAGCAGCAGGCAGCGACGGCCGGUGGUGCCGGCACCACCGGCGAGCCGGCCGGUCGCCGCCACCACCCUGCCCAGGAAGGUGUCCAUGAGAGUGGUGGGGAUGGCGGCGCAGUGGGGCUGGUGCGGGGCCGCGGGCGCCGGGACGAUGCCAAUGCCAUGGCAUCCGCCGGUGGCGUUGGCACUGGCACCACGGACCAGCAACUGGUCGAGGCCAUGCUGCAGGUCCUGCGGGGCGCCUCGCCAUCGGUCGAGGGGGCCACCUCGCCGGAUGCCGCGGCCCUGCAGCAGCUCCUGCUGGAGUAUACCCAGCGCACGGCGGCCGUCGAGGCGGAGGUCACCGCCGCGUCCAGCACCCGGCCCGAUGGGCCUGGCCAUAUGCCGCACGGUACCACAGUGGAUGAUGAGAGGCAGCCGGCGCCGGCCGGUACGGCCACCGCCCCGGUUGGCGGGGCGCCCGUAGCCCCCCCGGCCCGGCCGCCGUUUGCCAGUAACACCGGCGGCUGGGGAGCGGGCGACUCGGCGGUGACGGUGGUGGCGGGCGGCGGCGGCGGCCCGGCCGCUGGUGCUGGUGGCCAGCCGCCCGGGCCGUGGACACACCAGGGCGACGGUGCCGAGCAGCUUUACUACCCCCCGAGUGGCGGGGUGCCGGGCCACGGCGGGGCAGGGCUCCAUGGGGCCGGGAUUGCCUUUGCCCCGUCAGCCGGCGGGGGGGCGUCUCCGGGAGGUGGCGGUGGUGGCGGCGCGGUCUUCAGCAGUCGCCGGCAGCAGCAGCAGCAGCAGCAGCAACAAACACAACAGUUCUCGAGCGUUGAUGGCGGCACCGCCGCGGGCGCCGGCCGAGGGACCCUGAGCUGGGACCCCUCGAGCUGGGACAGCCAGCGGGGCAGGCCCUUCGGCAGCAUGCCGGUGCAUCAUGCCGGGCAUGUGGCUCCGGGCCUGCCGACCCUGGGCCAGCUCCUGCGUCUGGACAAUGGCCAGCAUGCGGUCCUGCUGCCGGAUGGCCGGGUGCUCGGCCUCGCCAGCGACCUGGUGGAGGCCGGCCCUGCCAAGCCGGCCGGGCCCGUGAUUGCGGAGACUGUCCAGGAGGCGCUUGACGAGAGUGUCCAUGUCCAUGCAAAGGCCACGCCGGCGACGGCGGAUGGUGAUGAGGGCGAUGAUGAUGGCGAUGAUGAUGGCGAUGAUGAUGACGAUGGCCGGCCGUGGCACGCUCGCCGCCCGGCGGGCCAGGGAACCGUGAACAGUGUCCUUCAGAACAGUGUCGAAGAGAAGCACCAGGCCGCGGCGGCCAGCAGCGGGGCGGCCACCACCCACCUCGAGGGUGGCAUCCACCACCACCCGGAGGGCGAGGUGGCCGCCGACCCGCGCGGCCCCCAGCCGCCGGCGUCCUCCUCCGCCAUCACCCCGGGUCAGCAGCAGCAGCAGCAGCAGCAGCAGCAGCAGCCGCACUACCCCUCAGCACCUCCCCACUUGGCCCAUGACGACGACACUGACAAUUGGAUGCCCAUCCUCCCGUCCAAUGCCGACCCCCACCUCCCCCCUGGUGGUGGUGCUACUGCCGGGCUCGGCGGCGCCGCAGGCCACCAGACCGCCGACGCGGCGCACCACGCCGGCUCGGUGGCCGCCGACGAGACGGCCGCCCAGCAGACGGAGCACGACCGCGCCGGGGCCGACCACGCGGAGAAUGUGGAGUUCUCCCACGGCCAGCCGGUGGAGGUCUACCACGACGCGCACCGCGAGCAGCAGGACGGCAGCGAGCCCAUGAUGCACAUCCUGCCGAUGCCGGACUACCAGGAGGAGAUCCACACCAGUGCCGGCGACAGCGAGUCCGACCAGCUGAUGCACAUCCUGCCGGUGCUGGACUUCCAGGAGGAGGACCACGCCUCGGCCCCGGCCGCCGGCAGUGACUCCGACCCGAUGAUGCACAUCCUGCCGAUCCAGGAGAAGGCCACCCUGCUGCGUAGCCAGGUGGCCGACGGCGCGGCCGGCGGCGAGGCCACCGGCGCCCUCGGCGUCUUCCCCAUCCUCAUGGCGGUCAUGGGUGUCACGGCCCUCGGUCUGGCGGCCAUGAUGCUGGUGGCCACGCGGUCGCGCGCCGCUCGCCGCCGUGCGGGCGCCUCGCUGCGCUCAUUCGCCCGGCGCAUCACCGGAGCCCCGGAGUCCCGUCGCCGUCGCGGCGGCCAGGGCGCCGCCAGCAGCCUCGGCUACGAGGGCCCGGCCGCCGGCCCGACCGCCGUCGCCGUCCAGGCCGGCUCCGCCUCCCCGGCGGCCGUCGGUCCCGUGGUGGCUGGCAACGCCGCGGUCACCACCCUGCCGGUGGUUGUCGACAGCGCCAGCGCCCCCCUGAUCCAGAUGCCUGCCGCGCCGGAGGGCAACGGCUGGGCCGAAUCCUGGAACAGCGACCUCGAGGAGGACCUCGAGGGCAGCGUCGGCACCAACUAA